UUGUCAACCACAGCGAUGGUAACGUUGCUCAACCCGUCAUAAACAAUUAUUAAACCGUGGUCCUGACAUCAGAUUUAUAAGAAACGCGCCCGGACUGUCACCAAUGAAGUUGCAAUGUAGUAACGUUUGUAACUACAGUGGCGAGUUCACUAUUGCAAGACCAUCAACCAACCAUCCACCAUGGGAGGACACGAAGCUGAAAUGGGUCACAACUACACUGGAAUUGCCAAGUACUUCAAUUCAUUCACGACCACAGGAAGGAGGAAUUGUGUUUUGGCCACAUAUUCCACUAUAUUAGCCAUCACCCUUUUCUUCAAACUCAAGCCUAAGAAACAGGCCGCUGUCACGGAAAAGUGAUCAUGUGUCUAUUCUGACAGCUGGGAGUGGAGAGAGCAGCUGGACAUGCUUGUAAUAAAAUAGCCCCGUUUGGUUUCCCCAUGUGAACAAUAAAGAACAUUUAUGCCCAAAA